CUAUGCCAGCAUCAGCAAUCAAGAAGCAGAGCAACAUGGGUUUGUUUGCUUUAGUAAGAUUCAGAACUCACUGAGAAGGUGUAGUCAACGCAGUUCUUCAGUAAGCCAGCUAGUUUUGUCAUUUUAAAUUACACUUAAAACUUCAUCUUCAGUCAGACACUUCCACGUUUGACUCAUUAACAGUCUGAUCUCCAAUAAAAAUGAUCAAAACUCUCCACAUUAUCAAAGCAUAACCCAAAUCCAUCAAACAAACUGCUGAUCAAUGAGACAGCAAGACUUCAUUGAAUAGAGAAUCAGCAAUGAUGGUCAAACAAUGUGUUUCUGGUGCUGGGUUUCUUCUUCAUCUACUUAUGCUGCUUCUAUUAAUGCCAAUUACAGUAUCUGGGUAUGGCUCAUCCGGCUCCAUUGCGGCAGCAUUUGGUGAUAAUGGGUUCUUCUGUGCCAUUGAUGCAGGUGGAAAGCAAGAAAUCAUUUGUUGGGACAAAGGCAACAAAUCUUCGGUAUCAACGACAUUGAUGAGCUCAAUGCCACCAAUGGUUUCUCUCUCUGGUGGCGAGGGCCUUCUCUGCGGCAUUACAUCGAACGCUUCACAGGCGUAUUGUUUUAGCCUGCCAAAUCCAGGUAAAAAUCUUGUACCGAGAGCAUUUCAAUCCACUUCUUACUUACAAAUUGCCGCGGGAAGAAAUCAUGUUUGUGCUAUUAGAGGAGCUUACAAUUCAAGCAUUAAUCUUGGUAAUGUGGACUGUUGGGAAUUUGAUCAAGCAUCAGAAGAAAAAUAUUCAUUUCGUAAUCAGUAUAUUGAAAGCCUUCUGUUUAGGAAGAUUGUCUCUGGAGAUGGGUUUAGCUGUGGUGGUGUUGAGGAAGGUGGAGUGGUUUGUUGGGGACCCAGAUCAGAAAAUUUGGGAAUUUCAGUUACUUCUGGUGAUUUUGAAAUUUUAGCCACAGGAAGGAACUCAGCUUGUGGGGUGUCUAGUGUAUCUAGUGAAGUUGAAUGCUGGGGUGAUGUUUAUGAGUUUGGAGCUCCACCAAAAGGCUCUCGAUUUGUAGGUUUGUCAGCUGGAGCACAACAUUUUUGUGGGGUCUAUGAAGAUGAUCAUGGAGUUAAAUGUUGGGGUAAUGAUUCUUCUUCAGUUCCUAAGGGCUCUGGGUUUAUGGCAAUUGCUUCAUCUGAUUAUACCACUUGUGGGGUGCGAGAAGUGGACUUAAUACUUGAUUGCUGGGGAGUUCAAGGGCAGUCCCCGGUGGAGUAUAGUCCCCCAUUGCAGCUUUGUAGUCCUGGCGUGUGCUCGGCUGGCGCAUGUGGUACUGGAAAGUUUGCUUUCAAUGCAAGCAUUCUUAAUGAGCCAGAGUUAGAAAACUUGUGUUCUCAGAAGGACUUGAGGAUUUGCUUGCCUUGUGGAACGAAUUGUUCCAAAGGCUACUUCCCUUCUAGUAUGUGUACAGAUAAUGCAGAUAGAAUUUGCACUGCUUGUUCCCUUUGCCAGAACAGCUCUUGUUGGGACAUUUGUGGGCUUCCUUCUUCGGCGGGGAUUCAACAGCAGGAACGGCAAGAGAUUAGCAAACUAGUACUCAUCAUUGGCUCUUCGGCGUCCGGCACCUUACUGAUUUUGAUUGCAUUCUGUCUUCUUCCACAGAUGAUCAAUACAAAAGAUGAAGAAAAGGGUGGAAGUUGGUGCACUUCUUGUUUAGGCAAGCAUGUGGUGGAGGCUGAACCUGACUCCCAUCCACAGCUACCUAUUUCUGCAGCUACACUUGUUGGAGAGACCCAAAUCUUCCGUCUUUCAGAACUUAAAGACGCCACACAUGGUUUCAAGGAAUUCAACGAGCUUGGCCGAGGGAGCUUUGGUUUUGUUUACAAAGCUGUUCUGUCUGAUGGCAGGCAAGUCGCUGUUAAAAGGGCUAAUGCUGCCACAAUAAUUCACACAAACAGCAGGGAUUUUGAAACAGAACUGGAAACCUUAUGCAAUCUAAGGCAUGAUAACAUUGUGAACUUGUUAGGCUAUUGUGCUGAAAUGGGGGAGAGGUUGCUUGUUUACGAGUUCAUGCCUCACGGAACGCUUGAUGACCAUCUCCAUGGGGAGCUCUCUCCAUUAGAUUGGAAUAUGAGACUAAAAAUAUCGCUGCAGGCUGCAAGAGGACUUGAGUAUCUUCACAAUGAAGUCACACCACCCAUUGUUCAUCGCGACGUGAAGACUGCAAACAUUCUUUUAGACUCCGGUUGGGUGGCAAGAAUAUCAGAUUUUGGGAUCUCAAGUGCUGCAGACAGGGAUCAUCAAAAUGGAGAUAUGGAGAGCGAUGUCUAUAGUUUUGGCGUAGUUUUGCUUGAGAUACUAAGUGGACGAAAAGCUUAUGACCGCGACUACACUCCUCCAGGCAUUAUCGAAUGGACAUUGCCCUUACUAAGACAUGGAAAGGCAGCUGCCAUUAUCGAUCGAAACGUGGUGCUUCCAAGAAAUGUUGAACCUCUUUUCAAACUUGCUGAUAUUGCAGAACUUUGUCUGAAGGAAAACACAGCGGAGCGUCCUAGCAUGUCUAAUGUGGCAAGUUCAUUAGAUCAGAUAGUCAGAGCAGGAUUGAUCAUGUAAUUACUCUCUGUAAGGGGAUUUUUCUAUUCAUUGUAAAUCUGCUGCAAAAAUGUGCAUUGAUUCAAUUCUGUUUAGGUUCUUUGCCAUUCCACAAAGUGGAUGAGGAUGUAAUUGCUGCUGCAACAUUUCUUGAU